AUGACAUUGCUCAUUCUACUUAUAGUUCAACUUUUUCCAUGUUGUACCAUUAUCAGCAAUGGUAUAGCCAACGAUGUCCUAUCUCUUUUAAUUGACUGCCUCUCUGGUAGAAUUCAUAUCUGGUCAAAGAACAUUAAAUUUGUUCCUAACAAAGAGAACCUCGUUUUCUUGAAAACACUUUUACUAAUCGUAUCUGAUCUUGCUACGUUUAAUGCCUCUAUCCAUAUCAUGAUCGAACUGGACGUCUUAUUACCAAUAUUUGGCUUCAUUGAUUUGAAUUCAAAAUCUAUUUGGAGUCCACCUCAAUUUUGGCAUCUUUUCGAACAUGCAAUAUUCACUUUGGUUGUACUUGCGCCAAAACUACCUAAGGAAUUUGUUGAACUCGAUGGAACCCAAAAAUUGAUGUCCAUUUUGCAAUGGUGUUCCUCGAACGAAUUUGAUUCGAAAUUUGCAAUGAUUUCUACCAAGGCAGUAUCCAAAUUUUUCCAAACUAUUUUCAAUAAAUUAAUAACAACUUUGAGGAAUAUUCUAAUAUCAUUUUUAGAUCUUGUCGAUUGUAUCUUACGUAUCGAUAAAUUAACGAUUGAACAUCAAAGAAUUCUGACAAUAUUAUUCAUCACUGCAGACGAAAUAAUCAGAAAAGAAGCAUACCUUCGAUUGUUAUAUGGAUACUAUAAUAUAAAAAUCAUUCGGCAAUUGUUAGAUAGAUAUUUUUAUCAUCGAAAAGACGAUGAUUUUCAUAUGGAUCAACGUCUUUUGCUAGCGAUUGGUUCCUAUAUUUGGGGAUCUAUAGUACCAUGUCCGAUACAUUUGAAGAAGUUUGUUGACCAGAAUACAGUCUACACUAUAAUCGACGUAAUCGAAAUCACUUCUUCUCCUGUUAGAUGUUUAUUUCUUGGUCUAUUAAUAGAUAUUUGUGAAAAUAUCUUUUGUGGUCAUUAUUUAUGUACUUGGCGUGGAAUUGAUAAGAACAAAGGAUUGAUGUCUUUGAUGGCAAUGAUUUGGAGAGAAGAGGAGAGUGAAAUCGGUGUGAAGAAACGAUUGGAUGACACUGAAUUACCUCAAUUGGGUCCCAAACAAUGGUUAGAGACUUAUCGUACCAAACUUAGACACGAAGUUAGUCCUGCAAUGAUCGAUUUGAUUGGCUCGUCUAGAUCUAAGAUUUAUGCUCUUCGUCAAAUUAUCGAAAGAUAUGGAGAAAAAUAUCAGAUGGCUAGAGAUCAUUACAAGAUUCUAAUUAAUGAUUUAUCUAUCGAAGAUAAGAUCACGAUGUCCACUGUGAAUUUUUACUUUCGAUUAAAAAUUGGACAGACUUGGAUCGAGAUCAGCAAGUAUUUAGCUCAGCUAGGUGUUAUACCAUUAGGAAUGGAUGGUCAACUUAUGUCUUUAAUGUCGCAACGAUAUCAUUUCUGGGGUCUUUUUAUUCGGGAACGUCAAAAUAAAUUUAAUGCUACCGCUAAGAUUAUCGAGGAAACAGAGGAAAAGGACGAAUACGCUAGAAUUCGUGAUUCUUUGCUAGCACCAACACUCGAUGCUCUCGACGAGAUCGAAUAUAUUCGUAGAACAACCGAUAGAUUUUAUAUGUUACGGAAAAAGGAUUUUCAAAAUCGACAGGUGAACACGUAUCUUAAUUUUCCUUCGAUUGCGGAUAUCAUGCAGUGUCAUAGGACAUUUCAAGAUAAUGUUAAUGUUACGGUACGUUAUAAUUUGAAAAAAAAAAAAAAAAAAGAAGAAAAAGAAAAAGAAAGAAAAAACAAAACCGUCGAAAAAUGGACAUCUUACACGUUUUCCUUUUACAGGCAGUUUUCGAUCAACAUCUUCAUCUCACUGGUAAACUUACACCCGACAGCGAUACUGAUCUAACGCUACCUU